AUGCAGGAGUCCCCUGGAUCUAUAGGUGUGGACGGAGGCUACGCCAGCAACGUGCCGGCCUUCCUCACCAAGCUCUGGACCCUGGUGGAGGACCCCGACACCAACCACCUCAUCUGCUGGAGCGCGACAGGCACCAGUUUCCAUGUGUUCGACCAGGGGCGGUUUGCCAAAGAGGUGCUGCCCAAGUACUUCAAGCAUAAUAACAUGGCCAGCUUCGUCCGCCAGCUUAACAUGUAUGGCUUCAGGAAGGUGGUGAACAUCGAGCAGAGUGGGCUGGUGAAGCCGGAGAGGGACGAUACAGAGUUCCAACACCUCUACUUCCUACAGGGUCACGAACACCUACUGGAACACAUCAAGAGGAAGGUGUCCAUAGUGAAGAGUGAGGAGACGAAGGUGCGUCAGGAGGACCUGAGUAAGCUGCUGUACGAGGUGCAGGUGCUGAGGAGCCAACAGGAGAACAUGGAGUGCCAACUGCAGGACAUGAAACAGCAGAAUGAGGUGCUGUGGAGGGAGGUGGUCUCGCUCCGCCAGAAUCACACACAGCAGCAAAAGGUCAUGAGCAAGCUGAUUCAGUUCCUCUUCAGCCAGAUGCAAUCCAACCCUCCCAACACCGUGGGCAUGAAGAGAAAGCUGCCGCUAAUGCUAGACGAUGGCUCCAGCACCCCUCCAGCCACCAAGUUUGCCCACGGUCACCCCAUGGAGGCCCUACAGGAACCAUUCUACAUACAGUCGCCGUCUGCAGACCCCGCCUCAUGUCCCGGAAGCAGCACGAUGACGGGAGGACCAAUAAUAUCGGACGUUACUGAGAUGUCACAGCAGAACCCCAUGGCAAUGUCAAUGCAAUCAGAGGAGACAAGAGAGAAGUGUAUGAUGCUGAUAAAGGAGGAGCCAGUGAGUCCCGGUGUCAGGGGUCGCGGCGAGGGGGGGCCCAUAGGGGGCCCCGGGGCGGGGGCAGCAGCAGGGGCUGGGGCUGGGGCGGGGGCGGGGGCUUCCUGCGAGGUGUGUUCCGAGCCCCCCGUCCUCCCCGUUGCCAUGGUGCAGUCCGUCCUGGAGGGCCGAGGGCCCGGGGCCCCGGAGAGGAGGGCCAAGAGACUCAUGAUGGAGCGGCCUGAAUUAGCUGAGUCUGUGGAGAGUGUGGACAUGAGCCUGGAGGAUCUACAGUUGCUCCUCCGCAACCAUCAGCAGAGCCUGGACCCCAACGCUGCAGCCACAGCCAUGGACCCAUUUAACUUCAACCUGCCUUUGACUGAGUGGAACUUCACAGACAUGGACUCCAAUCUGAAAUCAUACAUGUUCCAGGGGCAGGAGGAGGAGGCAUUUGGGGCAGCUGGCUGCCAGGAACAGCAAUGA